CUCCGAUCCGAAAAGGGCCCAAACAGGGAAACCGAAAACCCUGGUAAAACGAAGGCGAAGGUGAUGAUCCCCCGCCAUCAGCAGCCAAAAACCUAAAACUCUCCACAGACUAAACCGAUUGAUUCCGACGAGAGAGCGGCGGCGGAGAUGGCGGGAGGCGGAGAAGGAAGGAGGAAGAAGCCGAACAUACUGAUAACCGGUACCCCAGGAACCGGGAAGACGACGAUGGCCACUGCUCUGGCGGAUUCGACGCAGCUCCGGCACAUCAACAUCGGGGACUUGGUCCGGGAGAAGAACUUGCACGACGGAUGGGACGAGGAAUUCGAAUGCCACGUUAUCAAUGAAGACCUGGUGUGCGAUGAAUUAGAGGAUGUGAUGGAUGAAGGAGGGAACAUAGUGGAUUACCACGGCUGCGAUUUCUUCCCGGAGCGUUGGUUCGACCGGGUUUUGGUCCUUCAGGUGGAGAAUUCUGUCUUGUUUGAUCGCCUGACCAAGAGUAUGUUUAUGUUGGCGGCGAAAUGUCAGAGGGUAUUCGCAGACCAAGAUCACGAACAACAUAGAGUGCGAGAUCUUUGGAGUCCUAUUGGAAGAGGCGAAAGAGAGCUACCCAGAUCAAAUCGUUGUGGCGCUACAGAGCAAUACGAUCGAGGAUGUUGCCAGAAAUGUCGAAACACUAUCGGAAUGGGUGAGGAAUUGGUCGGUACCUCUACCUGUGCCCUCCUCGUAGGAAACUCCAAUGGCAGAGACGCUUUGAGAGCUUUCAGGAUGGAAAGUGUGAAGUGAACCAAAUUCACGCCCCUAGGAUAUAUUCUGUAUUUUGGGUUGAAAGAAAAUUGGGCAGUUUCAGUAGAGAUCAGAGAUUGUUGUACCAGAUUUGUUGAGGAACUUAAACGCCUUAUCUUCCUUUCGUCGUCAAUAGUCUUUACUGUCUGUCAGUAUCAAUGAGCAGAAUCUCUUGUACACACAAACCAUGUUUGCAGAAACAAGCCAUGUACUGCAGCGAACAUCUAGAAGAUGCAAGCUUUAGUCGGUUUUCUG